GCUCAUAAGGUUCAGAUCAGCCUUCCGGGGAGGAAGAAGGAAUCUGGGAAGAAGCAGUUGAAGAAAACAAGCUCCACCUCGGCUUCAACGAAGAAUCAUGCCAAUCUGAAAAAGUCUUCGUCUGUGAGCUCAGAAGGGACGCCUGCUGAGAAAGACGAAUGUGACGUACAGGAGGAAAAGGAAGAGGAGGUGCAGAAGAACGUAGUAGCUCCCAUAGAAGAGUGGGUGGCUGCUACGCCCCCUGCUGCCCGAGAAGUGCCAGCACACCUUCAGAAACAAGCAAUCCCAGAGGAGUUUGACAUCGACUCUGGGAACUCGGAGGACUGUUACAUGUGUCCGGAGUAUGCAAAGGACAUCUUCGACUACCUCAAAAAGAGAGAGGAAAAAUUUGUCCUCUGUAACUACAUGCCCCAGCAGCCCAGCCUCAACCCCGAGAUGAGGGCCAUCCUGAUUGACUGGCUGGUUGAAGUACAGGAGAACUUUGAGCUGUACCACGAGACCCUGUACCUGGCCGUGAAAAUGACGGACCACUACCUGUCCAAGACUCCAGUGGACAAGGAGCUGCUGCAGCUCGUUGGCUCUACCGCCAUGCUCAUAGCCUCCAAAUUUGAGGAGCGCAGUCCGCCUUGUGUCGACGACUUUCUUUAUAUUUGCGAUGACGCGUACAAGAGGGAGGAGCUCAUCUCCACAGAGGCCACCAUCCUGCAGACGCUGUCCUUCGACAUCAACAUCCCCAUCCCCUAUCGGUUCCUCAGACGUUAUGCCAAGUGUGUGAGUGCCGGCAUGGACACGCUGACUCUAGCCCGGUACUACUGCGAGAUGAGUCUCAUGGAGAUGGAGCUAGUGACGGAGAGAGGCUCGCUGCUGGCCUCAGCCUGCCUGCUGAUGGCGUUGGUCACCAAAGACCUGGGAGGAUGGUCUCCCAUCCUGCAGUUCCACUCCGGCUAUGAGACGUCAGAUUUGGCGCCCGUUGUCAGGAAGCUCUACAUGAUGCUUUCAGCCCCCGCAGACGAUAAACUCAGAGCCAUCAGAAACAAAUACUCGCACAAGGUGUUUUUCGAGGUUGCGUCCCUGCCGUUGGUCAACAUUGACAUUUUGGAGAAAGCUUUGUCCCAGUGAGAUGUCACCUCAAAACCCCAAAAAUGUCAUCUUGCCAGUUUGUAUAUAAUUUGUUAAUAUGUUAAAUAUUUAUACACAUAGUCUAGUCUUGUCUUUUAUAUAAUAUUGGAAAUAAAUCUUUAAUGCCAGUUUGUGAAGGAAAAGAGUUUUAAUGUGGGCAAGUUUGCCAGUUUGUUUUCUAGCGUUGGUACACUUUUUUUGGCAUUCAUUUUAUUACUUUUAUCAGAUAAAAAGAGAAAUCUGAAUUCAUUAGUAAUUUGUAAGCCUUGUCUGUGUGUGCGUACGUUUUUAAGUUAAUGGGUGAGAUGGAGAAGUUGUCAAAUGCUUACUUUUACUGAUAAAUUAUGCACUGGCCCUCAAGUUAUAGGUUUUCAUAUAUCGCUGAAGUUGGCUGGGAUGCCUGUUUGUAUUUUCAAACAUUGUACAGUGUUUAUCAUGUUAAUAUCACCAUCCUAAAUAUUUGUAUAAAAGACGACCGGAUGAUACUGUGCUAUUUUUAAAUAGCUGUCAUGCGUACUCUUAAAAUAAAGAUGUUUUUUAUUUGUUUGAUAAAA